GAUAACGCACGUGGGUGUGUCUUGCUUAACCGCGCAUGGUCAUUUUCCAUUCUUCUCUCAGCUUUCAAAUGUAAACAAAUAAUACUGCGUGUGUUUAUGAUGCUGUGACUCAAUAUUUUCAAUUUUCUUAAAAGUAUGGAAUUAAUUUUCUUAGAUAUGAAUACAAACUAUGUAAAGGCAUUGAUAUGUUGGCUGCAUAAACCAUGUGCUGCAAUUGAAAAUUUAUAUUAAGAAAAUUAAAUAAUCCUGUAGAAUUGAUUUCUUUCUCUUAAAAUCGUUACAAUGAAUAUUGGUGACUGGAUUUAUCUGUGUAUGCUUUUGCUUUCUACCUCAUUUGGAUUUUUUGUGCGCAAAGUGAGAAGUACUCAGCAAAAGAAAUUAAUAUGUACAAUUUUAGGAUUUUCUGUGCUUCUUAUAUUAUCAGGAAGUUAUAUUUUGCAUCCUAUUUUACUUACUGUUAUUAAUGCAGCAAUUGUUCUAUGUGCAAAUAAAAGGUUUUGUCAUGUUAUUAGUUUUUUGUUCUGUUUUUCUUACCUGUUAUUUCUCCGAACUUCAGAAUAUUUUGGAAUUCCUUCACCUCCAGAGAUCACUUGCACGGCUGUGAUGAUUAUGGUUUUAAAAAUGGUUGGUUUGGCAUAUGAAGUAAAUAUUCAUUCAUUGAAACUUGAAUCUGUGGAUGAAAAUGAUAAAUUAAAAGAAAAAUAUUCAAGAAUAAAUCCAUCCUUUUUUGAUAUAAUUCAGUAUUCAUUUUGCUACGCUGGUAUUCUUGUUGGUCCGUAUUACAAAUAUCGAACAUAUGAUGAUCUAUUUCAUAAACCUUAUAGUUCACAUGUUUCGCACACAGCAUUUUUGAAAAAACGAAUCUUAGUUGUGCCUGUGUAUUCAUGUUUGUAUCUGUUAUCAGACUAUUUCUUCCCACUUUCACUUGCAUCUUCUGCUGAAAUUUGGGAGCUUCCAUUUUUAUACAGAGUUUUUUAUGUGUGGCCAUGGUUUUUUAGUUUCCGAAUGCGAAUCUAUGUAGCUUUUGUGUUAGGUGAAUGCAUUUGCAUCAAUCUUGGCUUAGGUGCUUAUCCAGAGAAAAGUGCCACUCAACCAGGAGCUGGACCAACUAAUUUAAUAGCCUUGAAAGAAAUUGAUAAUGAUCCCAAAUUGCUGAAUACCAUUCCUUACAAUUUUGAGACCAUUAGGUGUAUGAAUGAAAUGGCUAGCGAGUUUAAGCCUACAAUACGUGAAGGAAUCAGAUACUGGAAUAUGACUGUUCAGUAUUGGCUAGCUAUGUACAUCUACAGAAAGACUGCAGCUACAAAAACUGUCAAGACUGUUGUAACAAUGUUUGUAAGUGCCAUAUGGCAUGGUGUUCAUCCAGGAUAUUACUUGUCAUUGUUAGGAGGCACACCUUUAUUGCUCAUUUCUGAAAUAGAGAUUGAAAAAGCUUUCCGCAAACAUGCAUCUGAAACUCAACAGAAGAUUUAUGAUUUCGUGUGGUAUUUUGUAAAAAUGCAAUCUGUGUCUUAUAUGGGAAUUGCAUUUAUUUUAUUAGAUAUCAAAGCUAUAUUGCAUUAUUGGAGCUCUAUAUAUUACUUUGGUCAUGUUUUUACAAUAUGCAUGUUUGUUAUAGCUAUUAUUAAAAAUAAAUUUUCGAAAAAAAUCAAUAAGAAAGAUAAAAAGCUUUCGAUAGAGCUUACUGAUUCAAAGUUAUCAUAACAGAUAAGUUUAUACUUGUUUCUGUCUACAGAAGAUGUAGUUUUUAUUAAUCAGAUGCUAAAUUUUAACUACGCUAUUAAGAGGUUAGAAUUUGAAAAGCAAUUUUAAAUAAUAUUAGCAUUUCAUCUUUAUAGUGAUGUGCUUAGUUGAGAGCAAUUUAGGCACUGUUUUGUUUUAUAUUUUAUUUAUUUUUAAUUGACUCUUAAUAUCCUAUCAGUUGGGUAAAAAUAGGGUGGAGUAUUCUUUUCUCUUCCAUUUAGUCUCAUAUGUUCAAAAGUAUUUUUCAAACUGGUGCUUGAGCAUUGAUUCCCCCCCCCCUCCCCCAGCUAUCUUCUUAAUGUAUAAUUAUAGAUUUUUUUUAAUUUAAUUUAAUUGGAAAGAAAAAAACACAGUAAAGCUUUGUUAUUUUUCUAAUAAGUAAAAAGUACUUCAUUAUGCUUUUCAUUUUAUAUAUGGAACAUGUGAUGAUGCAUAGAGUAUUUUAAAAGUACAAAGUAAAUAAAGUUUCUAAAUUUUUAUCUGACCAAACGCAAAAAUUUAUUUUAUCUUUAUUAAGAAUGUUUUAAAAAGAAGUUUUAAUUAACAAACUUUAUUUCAUUACCUUUUGAAAUGUAUUUUAUUACUCGCCAUUAUUGAAUAUUUCUUUAUAAUUUAUGGCAAAUUCAUUUCAUUAAUUCAUAUUUCUUCUUGCAUUUUAUUUUUUCUUAUCAUCAUUCUUUUGUGUUACAUAUUAGAUUGUAAAGAAUGCUAAUUUUUAGAAUGCUUUAGGAGGAACUGUACCAAAGAUAUUUGGUUUUAAUGAACAUGAUUGCAUUGUUAUCAUUAUGUCUUAUAUGGAUUUAAUUUCUAUUAAAAGUUGAAAUUAAUUGGAGAUUUUCGAAAAUGUGAUAUAAUUUUUUUUUUUAAUGAAAUCUGCUCAAAGUUAUUUUAAGAAAUGAUUCUUGUAACUACCUAGUGUAUUGCCUUAUUCUGAAUUGAUAAUUAUAUCACAGUUGGCAUUAUAAAAUGGAUACAAAAAGUAAACUGUAGGAAAGCUUCAUUUGGUCUUUACACCUCCUUCUGUUUUAUCACAUAAUAAAAUUUUUAAUGCAUGCAUAAUAUUUAAUUUUUAAAUUCUGAGUUAUAUUUCAGAAUGUGAUAUUGUAAGUGAUUUGUUUUGCAACUGAACUUAUAUAUUUAAAUUUUUAAGUGAUAAAUAUAUCUUGCACCAAGAUGGAAGACAAGCAAAAGGGGAUAUUGUGUAGGUUAUAAUAAUAAUUAUUGAUAAAAUGCGUUUCUCUUUCUGAAGCAUUUGAUAGAAUUAUUUAAAAUUCGAAUUCCAAGAACCUGAUUAAUUUAUUAUAACAGAAAUAAUCAAAAUACCAUUUUAAGAUUAGGUCAAAAAUAGAAUUGAAAUACAUUAUUUAUAUUUAUAUUUUGAAAAUGGGAUGAAUUAAUGUUGACAGGAAGUAUAAAAACAUCAAUUUGUUAAUCGAUUAGUGAUAUAAAUUUUGUUAUUCAAUUAGAUAAGAAAAUAAUUAAUGACACACACAUAUAUGCAUGGCUUCAGUAUUUCAAUAAACAUCUAGCUCAUUGAGGUGAACAAUAUUACAAUCAUUUUUUACUUCAUUUUUAAAUUACAGAUAUAAAAAAAAGUGUGUCUAAAUUAAUUGUUUUAAUUAACAACACAACUUUUUUUUUUUGCUGUCAAGAAUUUUUGCAAUUUCUAAAUGAUUUUAUUGUUUUAAUUGAAUUAUUUUAAAAUUGAGAUUUCAAAUUUGUAGUUAUUUGGCAUUAUAUGCAAUUUAAUUGAAUUUUUAUAAAAGGUUUCAUAGAUUUUUAUAAAUAGGAAUUGCAGUCAAUUUUGACCCAUUUCAUUUUUGUUUGAUUCAUUCAUCCAGACAUGCUAGUUUUACAAUGAUAUAUAACAUUAAAUUUAAUUUUAAUAUGAACACACAAACCUUUGAAUUUUUUACUCUAUCUUCUUUGUUUCUUACUCUAUUUAAAAUAAGCUCACUCUAUUCAGUACAAGCUCAAUAUCACUUUAGUGAGGGAAUCAGAUGCCAUAGUUUAAAUUAUUUUUAUACUAUAUUUAUAUAAUUUACAUAAAUAAGAAAGUUUCCAAAAGAAAUAGUAUUAUAGUUUUAUCACUAAAUAGAUUGGUUGAUGUAUUAAGUAUAAAAAUAAGUCAGAUGAAAUGAAAAAGAAAAUAUUUUAUAAUUUUUUUUUUGUAAGGUGUGCCAUUUUUUUCAAUGGUGCAACAUUUUGCUAAGUCAUUUAAAAUAAUCUUUCCAUAGUACAAAUAUUACUCUUUCAAAAUAAAAAGUAAGCAGAAAUACGUUUUUGUAAAUCAUUUGAAAGAUGAUGAUAUUGUAUUUGUACUAUUCAAACAGUUUUUGUUGCUUUCUGAUAAAUAUCAAACUUUAUUUAUAAAUAUAUGAUUUUUAAUCAUUCAUGAUUUGUCAAUUUAUCAUACUUAUUUACUUUUAUGUUCACAUUUUACUCUCACAUUUAUAUAAAAUUUCUUAACUGUAUCAUAUUUAUCAUUUAUAAUUUUCAGAUAAAUGCAUGCAUCAUAUAAUUACUUUGUUUGCAUGUGAGUUGUUUAUGCUAAAAAGGAAAACUUUUUUAUGUCUCAGGUUUUAUGCUAUUUUGCUAAUUAUUUGUGUACUCAAAUCAAUUCAAUCUUGUAUUAUACUUUUUAUUUCAAAACCAUGUGAAUGUCAUGAUUUGUAAUUACAAUGCUGUUUAAACAUUUUCUGGAGAUAUUUGUGUAAGAUUUUUAUCUGCAGAUUCUGCUUAGUGGAUAAAACUGCCAUUAACAUAGCUUAGUGCACAACAAUAGAAUAUUGUUGCUUUUAAUUUUAGUUGUCAGUGUUUUGAUAUUAUGUGAUAUAUAAAUUUGUCCGUUGUAAAAAUUAUUGAUCUAAAAAUUUAAUGUUAUACUAUAUACAUAUCUUUAUAAUAUAAAGCUUCAUCAUACAUGGAAAUAAAUGCUUUUCAGCAAUAUUUUUUAUUGAGAGCAGCCGUAAGAUAUAGGUCUGAUCAUACUUAGAUAAAGAAAUGUAACGAGUGGUGAUAUGAGCUGCAGCACUAUAAUUAUUUUAAUACUUUCAUAUUCGCUUCUCAUGAUAUUUGCUUACUUUUCUAUAUUGAAAUUCUGAUAGAAAGCAUAAAAAAAACUGAUAGAAAAUAUGUAAAAAAGUAGAAAAUACAUGGAAAAAACUUUAAAGCUAUUACAAGUUAGUAGCUUCAAAAAUUACUCAAUGUGUGUGAUAAAAUAACAUGAGAGUUUACUUAACAUCUGUCUUUCAAAAUAAGAUCUAAAAAAUGCUGGAGUAUGUGUGGCACCUAAGCUAAUUAAAUUUUUUCUAAUUCUCUCCCCCCUUCCUUACUUGUUUUUAUUUAAUUUAUUAUUAUUUUUUUUUAACAUUUCACUUUAAUAUUCCCAUAUAAUUUACUGAAUUGUGUCUUUUUUUGUUUUUAUUGAAAUAUAUAUAUUGUUACAGAUUUGUUAGUUAAAAAUAAAUUAUUUGAAUAAAGAUGAUUAUAAGGAAGAAAAUUCAUUAUCCUUAGAUAUAAAUAAAGUAGUUUUGAAACAUAAAGGGAAUAAAAAUGAUGUGAAAAAUGCAUUUUUGGCUAAGUUGAAAUUUUUCUGUAUAUGAAUCAUUUGAUUUAAAUUAGUGUUCAGAAGUGACGGAUGAUGCAUUGACAACGAUGGAAUGAUAGUGAAAGAACUGAUAGAUAUGUGUCUGCAGGAUUGUCGUGUCAAUAAUUGCUUGAAAGAAUUUUUUGAAUGCCACUAGUUUGAGUAUGUAUCGUAAUAUCAAAUGUUGGUUAUUUAAUCCUAUGACUGCAGAAUGCUUUAAAUCGCUAUUUAAUAUAAUGUUUGCAAAUACGCUAAAAUAUUUUUUAAACGUAGCUAGCUGUUACCACAUACUACCCAAUAAUUGCAGGAUACAGUUAAAAUCUAUAAUUGCAGAAGAUAAACUUGCUAGUUAGUGAAAAUCGAUGGAUGUAGCAGAAAACAGAUUGAUUGACCAACCCGCGGAAAUCGCGAGAUAAGCAGUAGAAAGGUUAAUACGUUUAAAAUAUUCAAAAUUUAAUAUCUGACGCUGUGAAUUGCGGCUGAAUAGGAAGGUAAAGUUUAAAGAUGGGUAAAAAAUUUUGCAACCUGACAAGCUGCCAGUUAUUCACUUCAUGUAAUGAUACUUCCUUCAGGGAUUUCAUUGUCAAAUAAAUUCUAAAGAUAAAUAUACUAUUUCAUUCAGUAUUUUGUAUUAUGAAUUCAUUAUUUUAUUCUGUAUAUGAUGAAAUUAAUAGUUGGUAAAAUAUAUGUACAGUCAAACCUCUAUAUAUUGAAUCCCAAGAAUCCUGAUGUCGGAAAUUCUGUUUUUAGGAAUUUCAGUACAUAAAAACAUAGCAAUUUCUUUACUACAAAACAGAUAUUUAUAAUUAAUUUUUUGAAACAAAAGAAGAUUAAAAUUUUAAUCUGCCAAAGAUAUUUAUUUUUAAAAAAUGCGCUGAUAAGAGCGUUUUUCAAAAUAAUUGAAAUUGUUUAUUGCAAUUCAUACUUUUUUUUGACCAUGUCUUAAUUUUUCAUCUUGAUUACUACAUCUUUUAUUAAGCUGAACUUUUUUUAUACUCAUUUAAAGAUUUCAGUGUAAAGUCAUUUUCAGUAUAAGAAAUCUAAAGCUUAAUUGGAUUUAAGAUAAAAAUUUUACUCCAAGUUAGGAAAGGAGCUGAAAUCUAAGAAAUAAUGUUUGAAUUAUUAGAGAGGGAUUAAAAUUUUAUUGUUUUUUUUAACUGAUGAAAUCCAUUAGCUUAUUUUAACUGCUAUCGGGGCCCGACUUAGCCUAAUUGUUGCCCGGGGCAAAAACUUCUUAGGGGGUCCCCCUUUGUCUUUGAAAAGCAAUGCUAUUUUAACUAAUUUAUUACAUUUAAAACAACAUGCUGAUAUCAAAGCCUUCAGUAAAGUACAAUAAAAAACUAUUUUUUCAAAACAACUAAGGCAUUUCUGCAUAUUACUUCAUAGAUACAUCAAAAUAAAGUAUUCUUUACUGUUACAGAACAUUAUAGGCAUUUCUGCAUAUUACUUCAUAGAUACAUCAAAAUAAAGUAUUCUUUACUGUUACAGAACAUUAUAUGAAACAUUGCCCCUGCCUUAGUCAGGAUCUGACUGCUAGAAUACAAUUUUUUAUACAAUUAUUUUUGUUCGUUAUAAUUCUAUUUAAGAUAAAGAAACCAUUUUUUUCUAUUGAAAUUCUGAGAUUCAUGAAAAGUUCAAUAUAUAUAUAGAUAGAUAGAUUUUUGAGUUUUGAAAAUUCGUUAUAUGAGGAAACUAGAUUGUAUAUUGGUACACAAUAUUUGGUAAAAAAAUAUUGUGUACCAAUAAAAAAAAUUGUUCCCUGAAGUUUAAAAAAAACAACAAAAAAACAAUGUAAAUUUUACAAAAAAUUUUUACAUUAAGAGAAGCUUUUUAGAUUAUGUUAUAACAAUCUGUAAAGUGAGGCGAAUAUUCUUAUUUUUCUAUAUAUUAACUGUACAGUUUUGUACAUAUGAUGAAUUGCUAUAGAAACUUUCAAGAUCUAUUUGUUUUACAAAUUAUUCAGUGUUAAACAUAAUGAAUUCAUCAUUUUCAUUUCAAUUAUUGUAUCCUUUUUUAUUUAUUAAUCAUAUAAUCUUCUGAUUGAUUGAUUAUUGUAAUAAUAUAUCGGCAGGAUUAUAAGCCUAGUAUUAUAUUUAAUUUUUUUAUAUAAUGUUUGGUUUCCAUAUAUGCUUGGAAAUAUCAGGGGAAAAAAAGCUGUUUGGUUUGUUACUUUUUUUAAAAAUAUGCUUUUAUGCAACCUAAUGAAGAAGAAUGUUCUAAAGUUCUUCUUUUACUCCAAUAUUCUUAAUUAAUGCUUAUAUUAUAUUCAAAAGUCAGCUUUAUAACAUAUAUCACUGUAUAUAGCUAGUACAAUACUUAUAUGAAACAAUUAUCACCAUACUGUUGGAAUUGUAUAUUUUAUAAGCUGCACAUUUGAUUCCAAUCAUAUUUUUGUUUAACUACAAAUAUCUUAUAGUAUUAUUGAUAAUUUAUUUUUUGUAAAAUAUUGCCGCUAUAUAUUGUGAUACUUAAGAUUUUUUCCAUUUGUCAUUACUUAUUAAUUUUAAACCAAUCCUUAUUUAAAUCCAAAAAAAAUUAUUAAUGUUCUUAAAUGAUUGAUUUUUUGAUAAUAUUUUUAAUUAUUUCAGUUAUAAGCAGUUUUGAUCAUUUAACAAAUUUAUCCCUUAAUAAUUUUCAUUACUGAGAUCCAAGCUUGAAUUAUAUCUUUUUAAACAGAGGCAUAACUCUUAGAGGUCAGAAUUGACAAACUCUAAUAGUAAUAGAUAUAGUAAAUAAAUAUAUAGACAAUUCCAUCUACUCUUCAAGAUAACUAAAUAAAUGCAUUAAUAAAAUCUCUGUGAUGCUGAAUAGCAGAAAAACAAUUUUUUUUUAAGACUCGAAAAGAAAUCUUUGUCUAAGAUAGAAUGUAAAUCUACUAAUUAUUAAAAAAUAUACUCAUUUUGUGUCAUCUUGCUUUUCUGAUAUAGUAUUGCUUUAAUGUUAUUUUUAACCAUUUCUAUCACAAAAACCAGUGCUAAGCAUUUAUUUCCUAAAUUAAUAAAAUGCUAUUUGAAGAAUUCGUACUGUACAAAACAAAUUAUGUAAUCUUGUUGUAUUGCCAUUUAACAUCCUUUGGCUGCAUUUUAAAGUAAUAAAUACUUUUGAUAAAAUAAAAGUUCAAAGUAAACAUUUUUGAAAAUAAUGAUAAGAUAUUGCUAAUUUACAAAAAAAAAAAAAUUUCAAAAAUAUAAUUUAAAUAAAAAUUAAAUAAAUACUGAAUUAUUUUUUUAAAAAAUCAUAUUCUUUAAAAUCAAUUAAUACUAUUAUAAAGAAUGAUUAAGCAUUUCAAAUAUAUAAAGUUCUUUUAUAGUUAUUUGUUAUAGCGAUGUAAUUUUACACAAAGUCUUGUAUUUUAAUAGAUUAUUUGCUAUAGUAAAAUGCAAAAUAACUUUUAUGUGCUUCAACUUUUGUAAACAAAUUGAUUUUAUUGUCUUCAAUACUGAAAGGCUUUCUUUGUAUUAAUGUUUAAUAGUUGAUAUUUUGUCAUUAUGUUAAUUCUUAUUUAAUGGUCAAAGCCAUAUUGAUUUCAAUUAUUUUCACUAUAAUAGAUAACAUUUUAGAUAUAUGAUGAUUAGGAUUUGAUUUUCUGGAACUGUUAUACUAGUUUUCCCAUCACAAUUUUCUCCUAUGUGGCUUUGUGUAAGAUUUUAAUCCCAGCCUCAAGGAACUCUGCAUGAUUAUUUAAAUAAAAACCAGUAGGUGUUAUGCACUUAAAUUUCUUUAACGAUUUUACUGUAGACAUUUUUUUAAGUGAUUAAUUUAUUGUAUUUCGCUGUUGUAGUUUUUCCACAGCAAUUUUACUGGAAUUGUCUGCAACUGUAAGCUAGUCAGUUCUGUUACUCAGUUUCAGUGUAUGCCUGAGUUUACAUUAAUAGCAAAAGAUAAUCUCUUUAACUAGAUAUGAAUGCAUCGGCAUAGUUCAGAAAUUAUACAUGAAUGUAUGUUCAGGAUGGAGCAUUCUCGCCUUCAUUCCGUACUCAAAUGAAAGUUAUGUAAUAUGUCUGUUAUUUGUUAUGAAUAUAGAAAAUAAUCUAUGAUUGAAAAUAAAUUGCUGUUUUUUAUGGAA